CCCAUGGGGCCGGUUGACGGAAGCCACGGCAUCUGUGGUGGCAGCAACCCGGCUUUUCUAAUGGUGGCGCCGUGACAGCACCCGGCAACCGACGCUGGGAGACAUCGGGAUAUCCGACAAGCCCUGGGGUUUUUCUUGUCGCAGGGCGUCGUGUUACCCCGCGCGUCAGCAGCGAGCAUCGGGCGCGAUGAUCGGAGGUCGGCAGGCCAGAGCAUGAAGCGACCGCCACCAGCAGAUACCCAGACAGCAUCAAGCUGAAGUCGCGGUUGCAACUUCUGCGAACCGGUCGCCACGGAGGUGUCUCAGGCUCGGUGCAUCAGGCCCCGAACCCAAGCUGCAGACGCCCAGUCCCCUGCCCGCCAAUUCUUUAUGCUUUUGCUGCACCAUGACGCGAACCCUUUCCAAUGGGCCCGAGCUGCCCCUGUCCCUGGAUAAGUUCCGUGACAUGGUAGCUCGUCAUGGCUUCUCUAUGACGCCGCAAGACGAACUCGACUACCUCGCGAUCCUCCGUGAUCUAGAGAAAGACGUGAAGCAGGUUCUUUCGCUUCCGCAGUACUUUGACCCGCGCCUGGCUCCCGUCUCAAGAUCAGAGGAGCUUCGGGCCUUUAAGAGGCCAGAGCCGACUGACAAUCCGCUCAAUGCAUGGAGUCACAAGGUACCACAUCAUACACCCAACCUUGUAUGUUUACAUGUAGCACCGCACCAUUUUGUGCUAAUAACGGCGACACACAGUUCCAGCUUCGCAGCCCCAGCGCCGGUGAUGACGGACUGCUAUCGCACCGGUCGGUCUCUGUCAAGGACACGAUUAGCGUCUCCGGCAUCCCGAUGACAUGCGGCACGCAGCCGUUUCAUCUAUCUAGCGAGGAGCCGUACCCGGUGCCUGACAUCGACGCCCCCGUGGUCGCCCGGGUCUUGGAGGCAGGCGGCGUCAUCAAAGGGACAGCAACAUGCGAAAACUACUGCGUGUCGCUGGCUUCCUUUACGAGUGCCACUGGCCCCGUCGACAAUCCGUGGUUGAAGGGCCACUCGGCGGGCGGGAGCAGUAGCGGGUGCGCCGCGUUGGUCGCCGUUCAGGUGGUCCGGCGAUGGAGAGAGCGGAAAGGGCUGCCCGUCGAUGACCUUGGCGAGGGGGUCGAUCUCGCCGUUGGGACUGACCAGGCGGGCAGCAUACGAACGCCGGCUGGAUACUGUGGCAUAUACGGCCUCAAACCGACUCAUGGGCUCGUGCCAUAUACUGGCAUCGCUGGCCUCCAUCCUAUGAUCGACUUUGCCGGUCCCAUGGCCGCUUCCAUACGAGAUACUGCGCUCCUCCUCAGCGUCCUAGCGGGUUACGAUGGGAUAGACCACCGAAUGACACCCGAGACACCGCUGCGCCGCAAUGUGCCCAAGUACCACGAGGUCCUCGACGCGGCGAUAUCCUCGAAAUCCGAGGCCGGCGAGUGGACUACGAGCACUGCAGCCAAGGGGCUGCGCGUGGGCGUGCUCAAGGAAGCCUUUGAGGUGUUCAAGGUGGACGCAGAGGUCGAACAAGUCAUACGAGAAGCGGCCGCGAGGUUCGCACGGCUCGGUGCCAUCGUGGACGAGGUCUCCAUCCCGCUCCAUGCCGUAGGGAGGGCAAUCUGGGUCACGACAAACCGAGGCCUCAUGGCCGACACGUUACUCGGCAACAAGCCCAGCGAGUUGCUCUCGCACCCGAUGUCGAAUCUGAGCGCGCCCAAGCCGGACCAGAAGUGGUUCGACACCAUGACCAAGUCCAAUCCCGCCGUCGUCAACACCCUCCUCUUCAAGGGCUACUUCGAGGAGCUCCCCCACAGCGUCCGGGCGAAAUCCAUGAUGCACGUGCACCAGCUACGUGCCGCCUAUGACAACGCAUUGGAGUCGUAUGACGUGCUGCUCACGCCCGUGACGGCCACCGUGGCGCCGCCUCACGCCUCUGCAGACGGCAGCGCGUUGGAGAGAUACUAUAGCGCAGUCGGGCAUGGCGCGAAUACGUCGCCCUUCAACAUCAGUGGGCACCCCGCGCUGUCGAUGCCGGUGGGCUGGGCCACCGCGCGCGAUGGCAAGAGCAAGCUGCCCGUCGCCAUGCAGCUCGUGGGCAAGAGGUGGGACGAGUCGGGCGUGUUGCUCGCGGCGGCGGCUUGGGAGGUGGGCGGCCAUGGGCUGGACUGAUGAGCGUCGCUGACGGGGUGGGAAAAGGAAGGACACGCCAUUUAUUAGAAGCUCAAAAUAGAUGAGGCGUAGAUAGUAGUAACUUGGUAGUAGAUGGGGGGGAAACACGCAGUGAGCAGAAGCUAUAGAAGAAGGGUGUCUGUCGCUAGACAGUUGCGGGCGUGUCGGGUCGAGCCAGCGAC